UUUCAUUCUGCUUUGUACUUUGAUCAGUGAUGCUGCUUGAUAACAGCCAGUUUCUGACCGAGCUCAUGAAGCUCUUCCAACAACAGCGGCUCAAGAACCAAGGCUCAGUCCGCCUCGCCAUGAAGCAGCACACUCCUUACAUUUCCAAGCGGCGAUUGCGCGCUGCUGGCGUGGCUGCUCCUACUGAAGAGCCGGCUCCCGGCUGCCUUGUUCGUGCAUCGCUUGGCAACCGCAAGAUUAGCGCAUUGAUCAACUCGCGAGACUUGUCCAAAUUCCACGUGGAUUUCGGAAACGUCAUCAAAGCCAGCAUGGAUAGCCUGAAGAAGAAGGAUAAGAAAGCCAACAAAAAGACUGCCGCCGCUGCCGCCGCAGCCGCCGCCCCCGCAGCUUCCUCUGGCAAAUCAAAGUCCAAGCAAUCGAAGCCAGCAGCAAACACGGCCACCCCAAUGCAAUCGUGAAACAAUUCUCGACCUCAGCCGCGAUUCCCCCUUUCUUGCUGCGAAACGAACAAACAGAAAAAUAGCAUUUGAUGUGGCGAUUGGAUUUGUGCAAUUAAAAAGUCAUACUUUCUUCUCUGAAAUGUACUACAACUGUCUCUGAAAUG